UGCCAAAAAAUUGCACACAGAGGAUCCUUUCGAGGGCGCUGCAGUCAGCUGGGCGGCGCUCGGGAACUGUCAACCAGGAAAAGCAGUUGAUAGUGUUGGAAUUAAUAUCAUAUUAAUCGAACGACUUCUUACUUAUUCAAACCGAUUAUUGGAGUUGACACAACUUGCCGUCGUUGUCAUGGAGGAGACGAACAGGGAGGCGGUUGCUACGGCCGUGCAGAGAGUGGCAGGGAUGCUGCAGCGCUCAGACCAGUUGGACAAAGUGGAGCAGUAUCGCCGGCGAGAGGCCCGCAAGAAAGCUUCAGUAGAAGCCCGACUGAAGGCUGCCAUCCAGUCCCAGUUGGAUGGGGUCCGCACAGGUCUCAGUCAGCUCCACAAUGCCCUUGGGGAUGUAAAGGACAUCCAGAACUCCCUGGCAGACGUUAGUAAGGACUGGAGGCAGAGUAUCAACACUAUUGAAAACCUCAAAGAUGUAAAAGAUGCCGUGGUCCAACACAGUCAGCUUGCCUCAGCCGUCGAGAACUUAAAGAAUAUCUUCUCAGUGCCUGAGAUAGUCGCAGACACCCAGGUUCUGAUUGAGCAGGCCGAGCUGCUAGAGGCCCACCGUAAACUCAUGGAUCUGGAGUGUUCGCGGGACGACCUCAUGUACGAGCAGUACCGAAUGGACAGCAAAAACACUCACGACAUGAACCUGAUCCGCAACUACUUUGGCGAGGUGCAGGGCCUAUCUGACGAUCUGGCCAAGCAGCUGUGGAUGGUGCUGCAGCGCGCCAUGGGCACGGUGCGCCGCGACCCCACCAUGCUGGUCUCAGUGGUGCGCAUCAUUGAGCGUGAGGAGAAGAUCGACCGGCGCAUGCUGGACCGCAAGAAGCAGACCGGCUUUAUCCCCCCGGGCCGGCCCAAGAGCUGGAAAGAGAAGAUGUUUGAAGUGCUGGAAGGCACAGUCACCACACGCAUCGAGGGCAGCCAGUCGGUGACACGUGAGGCAGACAAGAUGUGGAUGGUGAGGCUGCUAGAGAUCACCAGGAAGUACGUACUGGACGACCUGAUUGUGGUGAAGAACCUGAUGGUGCAGUGCUUCCCACCACACUACAACACCUUUGACAGAUUCUUUAAGCUCUACCACAACGCCGUGUCCAUGCGGGUGCAGGAGCUGGCUGCAGAAGACCUGGAGGCCAAUGAAAUUGUGUCCCUCCUCACCUGGGUCCUCAACACAUACAAAAGUGAGGAGAUGAUGGGUCACCCAGAGCUGCUGACAGAGUAUGACAUCAACCUGAUGGAUCCUCUGCUGCCUCAGGAGGUGGUGGAUGAGCUGCUCAGCAAAUACCUGCAGACCUUCACUUCCAACAUCACUGGCUGGCUGCGCAAGGCUCUGGAGACAGACAAGAAGGACUGGUUUAAAGAGACAGAACCAGAGGCGGAUCAGGACGGGUACUACCAGACCACCCUCCCUGCCAUCGUCUUCCAGAUGUUUGAGCAGAAUCUCCAGGUGGCAGCCCAGAUCAAUGAGACGUUUAAAGAGCAGGUCCUGAAGCUCUGUUUAAAACAGAUGAAUUCAUUUCUCGUCAGGUACAGGGAAGAGGCGAUUGCCUACAAGGAGGACCACUUGAGAGACCGGCAGCUCCCUCAGUGCUACGUCCAAUACAUGAUCGCCAUUAUAAACAACUGUCAUACAUUCAAGGAGUCUAUUAACAGUCUAAAGAAGAAAUACUUUAAAUCUACGGAGCCCACCCAGAAUGACGCUGCCAUAGAGAAGACCCUGAACGACGUGGCCAAAGACGGCUGCCAGUUUCUAUUGGAUGAAGUCUUCCUAGAUUUGGAGCAUCAUCUCAAUGAGUUGCUGACCAGGAAGUGGUUGACGGGGACCCAUGCAGUGGACACGAUCUGUGUGACAGUCGAAGAUUACUUCAACGAUUUCGCCAAGAUCAAGAAGCCUUUCAAUACGGAGAUGACCAGCGAGGCCCAUCGCAGGGUGGUGGUGGAGUAUAUCAAGGCUGUGAUGCAGAAACGGAUCACGUUCAAGAACGCAGAUGAGAGGAGGGAGGGAGCAGACAGGAUGAUUAAGGAGGCUGAGCAGUUCAAGUUCCUCUUCAGGAAACUCACUGCUGGUGAGGAGACUGACCGGCUGUGUGAUGCCAUCGCUGCUAUAGCCGAGGUGUUCAAACUCACAGACCCCACCCUGCUCUACCUGGAGGUCUCCACGCUGGUGUCCAAAUACCCUGACAUCAGGGAGGAGCACAUCGUGGCCUUACUGGCGAUGAGAGGGGAUGCCAGCCGAGAUAUGAAGCAGAUGAUCAUGGAGACACUGAACCAGAAUAAGCCUACCUACGCAGGGAUCACCCAGCCCAUCUUCAAGGACAUCACCGUCCCCACCGUGACCAUGACCUCCAUGUCCUCCUCUAUGGCCGCCACUGCCAACAAACUGCUGAAAUAAAUAACCAGUCUGGAGAGAUACACCUGGGUCGUAUUCAUUCAUGCACAACGUAGCAAGAUGUUUUGCAACAGAAAACUAAAACAAGCAUUCCUUGUUGGACAAGUUUGGAUAGUCCCUCCCUGUUUGUUGUUUUUUGUUUGGUGCCUAGAGAUUACGACCCUGGCUCACAAGGCACGAAGAAAAGAGACUGCAGAAAAUCACAGAAUACAGAUUUGUCACUUUUUGCACUUGUGAAUCCGAUUCCACUGACAUCCAAUGAAAGGCUUGGACUGUAGUCCUUAAGGAUCUGUAAGGAUAUGAUACUUGAUGAAACAACCGUUGAACACUAACAAGCGAUUUUGUUACUGAAAUGGGACUCACCACCCACCCCUCCAUGUACAAUGAACAGAAAUUGUUCCAGUAAGAAACUUUGUCAGUGCGUGAUGCUGAAUGUCUGUUAGAACAUCUAUUAAAUAAAUCCUUUCCCCUGUCA